CAUUUAUUCCGCCGACUGCAGACUUUCUCGUGAUUGACAACUGCUUUUGGGCUCGGAGCAUCAUUCGGACAUCCUGGAGUUAUUUGAGCGUAUUUGUGUGGGCCGCUUGUAUAGGGUGAUGUUGGGCUUCAUGUUGUAUUCUGAAAAUCGGCGUGACCUGACGUGCUGCUGUAUGAAAUAAAUGUGUAAAUAAACGAAGAGAAGUGCGACACCUACAGUCUUUGCAGUUGAUGCUGAAAUUGAAAGUGCGAGUAAUUGCCAAAAAAAUAUUUUGUUUGUAGGUAAUUUGUGUAGUACUUUCUGUUUCUCGUCCGUGAAGUGAACAUUUAUUUAGGAAUUCAAAAUGCUAAAAGGACAUACAGGAGAAGCUGAAACUUUGGAUGAAAAAAUUAAAAGAAUUAGGAAGAAAAAUGAGGAGAUUGAGAAGAGAAGAUUGGAAGUAGAAGCAGACAAACAGACAGCGGCAAAAUCAAAUGCAUUGGUUCAAUUAAAUGCUCCCAUGGAAGACUGGCCUUUGCCGAGAUCCCAUAGUCCUGAAGAAGAAAGAGAAAGGAAAUUUUCAGGAAUACAUCAAGACAAACCUAGAGAAAGAAAUCGAGGAAAUGUUACAUUUUGUGAUACUGAUGAGUCUAACAGACCACCACCUGACCCAGCAUACAGAUUCCUCGCCGACUCUGAGAGAGAUCCUAUACCUCCAAAACAUAUGGAGAGAUCUCAGCGACAUCUUCAUAAUCGGGGUAAUAAUACAACACGAGGUAGAAGCAGAGAUUCCAAGGGUGGAGGCGGCGGCGGCGGCGCGGGCUACGAGGCGUGGCGCGCCGAGCGCUCUCGCAUCGACCAGGAGCGCAUCCGCCGCCAGCGCACGGACCAGGGCCUGUGGCGCCGCGAGUGGGACGAGCACAAGUCUGAAGAUAACUGGAAGGAGCCUCGGAAUGAAACAUCUCGAGACUCACACUCAACUUCAAAUAGGGCCUCUCGUUCAAAUGUUCCUCCUGAAUCAACAAAGGACGUUAUUAUAAAAAGAAGAACAUUUUCAGAAGAAAGUAAAGGAGAGAUCUCAGUAAGGAUUCAGAAGAAUAUUGGAAGUUGGGGUCUAAAUGAGAAACAAGGUGGAGCGCCUGCUGAAAAUAGAAAUAUUCAAAACCGCGGAAAUUCUUUGCAUGUAUCAUUUGUUAAUGAGCCCUCUUUACCCAGAGGUCGUCCGCGCGGGCCGCGGGCGGGCGGGCGCGAAGCGCCGGGCGGCGGCGGCAAGUCGUCGGGCGACGGGGACGACUCUUGGGAGGACGCCGACGACCACUCGGACGAGCCGGCGACAGAGCUCGCCCUCGCCCACGCCCACGCCCGCGCGCGCGCCCGCGGCAACAGCAACAGCGCCCUAGGAGGUAUUGGCGACGCGCCGGCCGCCGCCUCUUCGGAAGGGACGAGCGCGUCACGUGACUCGCCGUCUUCAGCUGUUCACGUUGAACCCGGCAGUGAAGCAGAUGGAAGGCCUGUUUCGCCUUCAGCUCUUCAGAUUGAACCCGACAGCGCAGAAGGUGGAAACCCUUUGCCGUGUUCAGCUGUUCACGUCGGACCCGGCAGUGAAGCAGAUGGAAGUCCUGUUUCGCCUUCAGCUCUUCAGAUUGAACCCGACAGUGCAGCAGAUGGAAGCCCUUUGUCCUGUUCAGCUGUUCAUGUUGAGCCCGACAGUUCAGCAGAUGGAAGGAGCCCUUUCGAAAAUGUAAAUGCAAGUCUCUUACCUGUUCCUGUUCCAUCUUCUGCUGUUGAAAAGAUUGAAGAGUCUGUUGUGUGUACAGAUGUUGAAAGUAAAUGUAGACUAGAUACAUUCACAAAAGAAGAUUUAAAGGAUUAUGUUAAGGAAGAAGCCAUUGCUUGCACAAAUUUGACAGACGUUCUCACAAAUGAGUCAGAUACUGAUUUCAUUUGCAUCAAAACAUCAAAUGAAGAAAUGAAUAUUAAUACUGAGAACACCAGCACUAUAGGAGGUUCAUCUACGUUAUGUGACACAAAAACAGAUUUUCCAGUCAUAAAAAAUGAAACUGAAAGUGGUAAUAUUCCAUCAGCAAGUGGCAUUCAAGAUAGGGAAAGUGUCCACAUUCUACAAAAUACACAACUUGAUUCUGUUAAUGUCGAAAACACCAGCACUAUUGCAGAUUCAUCUACAUUGGGUGACACAAAAGCAGAUAUUUCAGUUAUGAAAUGUGAAACUGAAAAUGUUAAUAUUUCAUCUGCUACUAGCAUUCAAGAUAGGGAAAGUGUCCACAUUCUACAAAAUACACAAGUUGAUUCUGUUAAUGUCGAAAACACCAGUACUAUUACAGGUUCAUCUACAUUGUGUGACACAAAAACACAUAUUUCAAUUAUGAACAAUGAAACUGAAAAUAUUAAUAUUUCAUCUGCUCGAGACAUUCAAGAUAAGGACUGUGUCAACAUACUACAAAAUCAACAAAUUGAUUCCAAUAAUACUGAGAAUAUCAGCACUGUUGGAGGUUCAUCUACAUUAUGUGACACAAAAACUGAUACACCAGUCGUGAAAAAUGUAACUGGAAAUGUUAAUAUUUCGUCUUCUAGUGGUCUUCAAGAUGGGGAAAUUGUCAACAUUCUACAAAAUCCACAAGUUGAUUCAGUCGAUACCGAGAACUUCAGCACAAUUGGAGGUUCAUCUACUUUAUGUGACACGAAAACAGAUAUUGUAAUCACGAAAAACGAAACUGAAAAUGGUAAAAUGUCAUCUGCAAGUAGCAUUCAAGUUAGGAAAGGGGAGAACUGUGUACAAAAUCCGCAACUGAAUUCUGAGGAUAGUGCUGCAGUUCACCCUACUCUUGAAGACCAUUAG